AUGCUCGUAAGACGUGUGCUCCUGACCGUGCAUCAAUCAACCCCCAUCCCCAUCUGUCCCCACCUGCGUGCAGCUGUGGCGGCAGUGCUACAGCAGGAACAGGACCCGUGGACACUGUCCCUCGCCUGCAAGCUGGCGUCCCUGCUGGCGCAAUGCACACCGUACCAUCGUCUCCGCUCCACCCCUCGUUUGAGUCACAUCCUGCCCUCCGCUCUAGUCACGCGGAUAUCGACUCUCCUCUCGCCAGGCCCCCUCUCCUCCUCCUCCUGGUCCACCAGCAUGUCUUAUAGCGAGGAUGGCAUCUCCACUGCUUCUGCAGCCACAGCAGCAGCAGCGACAGCCUCUCUGGGCCAUGUCCUCUCGCGCUCCACGCUCCCUCCCCCACAACCACCCGCCACAGCUGCCACAACCAACCCAUCAACCAUCACAUUCACAUGCUUGCUCUCGUGGGUGCAGCCUUGCAUUCCCACAGCAGUACGCGUCGAAGCCCUUCAGGCACUAGCCGCCUGGGUGUCAACAUUCCCUGCAGCUGCCGCCGAGCCUCACUGGCCCGACCUCUUUGCCCUCGUCACCGCCACUUUGGCUCCUCCCAGUACACCUACCAAGCUUAACACUGCAAGCGCCUUUUUUGAGGCGCCUCAAAAACCACCUACCAAGCUUAACACUGCAAGCGCCUCAGGAACACACACUGCCGUGCAAGAUGAGGAUGAGGCCCCUAUUGCGCACCCUGACAGCACCUGCUCGCUGCAGGCUGAACCGACUCUCACUGACCGCCUCCACCCUGCAGCACUCAAGGUACGCUUCUCGCAGUCCCUCUCUCCUCCUCAGACUUUCCUGCUCCUCACAUUCCCUCCUUCACUAAUAUUCCUGUUCUACCCCUCCUCUUACCACUUUUCCUCCCCUAAACCCUGUCCCCCCCGCUCUCGUCACCACAUUGCAUCUCAUCGUUCCCACCAGCAGCAACAAGAGGGGGGGGUAGCCCCUUUCUCCUCAGCCACAUCACCUGCCUGUGCUACUGCAGUGUGUGCCGCUGCCACAGCUGCCACAGCUGCUACAGCCUGUGCCCCUCCCUUAACAGGUCCUGCCACAUCCUGCUGCCCUGCAACAUCAGCCUGUGCCUCUGCAGCUUUACCUGCUGCUGUACGUACUGCUUCCUCUGUGAUUGGCAACGACGUCUCUUCAUCCAAUCAGCUGCUGACACGUGUCCCUCCUCCUGGUGCCUCGCAAUGGGCUGAGGUGCUCCGCCUUGGCCUGCUGCCGCCCCUCCUCCGACACCCCUCUCCUCCGGUGCGCAUGGCAGCGCUCACAUGCUUCCUGCACAUGCCAGCACCCACUCUGCAGUACCUCUCCCACAUGCAUGACGUCAUCUUCCAGCCAAUGUUCGCCCUGGCAGCAGGCGAGUCGGUGCCAGCAAUCCAAGCAGCAUUGAUGAAGGUCUUUGGAACCAUUCUGCUGCACCUCAUGCCCGCACUUGCUGCACCUCAUGCCCGCACUGUGAGUGCUGCACCUCAUGCCCGCACUGUGAGUGCUGCACCUCAUGCCCGCACUGUGAGUGCUGCACCUCAUGCCCGCACUGUGAGUGCUGCACCUCAUGCCCGCACUGUGAGUGCUGCACCUCAUGCCCGCACUGUGAGUGCUGCACCUCAUGCCCGCACUGUGAGUGCCGCCCACCGCGCAUGCCGGAAUCGGAAUUGCUUUAUACCUCUUAUCUCACCAGCCCUCCCCCUGUAUCUCUCUCCCUUGGGCACGUCUAAUUUUAGAAGGACUCAAAGAGACCACCAGACCACGUCCCUGCAAGAUUCGUCAUCACCAUCACCCUCAACUCCCUCGUUUGAGACAUCUCACGAUGUUCCCUCCUCGUCUGCGUUGAGCCUCUUCUCCCACGGCCGCAUGCUGCUGCUUCAAGCCUGCUCCUCUUCUUCCGUCCCUUCGCCUCAAUCACCCACCCCCUCCCCCCACCUCCCCUCUCUUCCCCCCCACCCCAUCCCCCUCUACUUCCCCCAACCGCAGGUCCGAUCUGCUGCAAUGUGGUCUCUUGCCAACUUCUCAGAGCGUCUGCCGCCUAUGCACUGUAGCCUUGAUCAAUGUAGCACCAUUCAUUGUAGCAGCAGCUUGCGCUGUAGCAUCAAUAACUGUCGCAGCAAUCACUGCGGCAACGUGCAGAGCAGUAGAAGGGAUGGUUCUAGCAGUGGCAGCGUGGUGGGCCCCCAGGCGCACGUUGGUGUGGAAUGGAGUGCAGCCUGGUGGGGUGCAGCCUGGUGGUCUCUUGCUAACGCUGCUGUGAAGGGAGCAGGCGACAGCGAUAAGGUCAAAGCCAGUGCCGUUCGACUGUUGGGUGCUCUCGCCCGCUGCUGCUGCUUCUGCCAUCGCUGCUGCCCACACGCCGAUGCAGCAAGCUCGGCCAGGCCCUGCUGCUUCGAUCUCCACACUGCCACUGCCACUGCCACUGCCACUGCCACGUGCCAUUCUCGCUGCCCAGCAGGCAGUGCCGGCGAUUCUGAGACAGGAGUGCAAGUGAGGCAGUGCCUUCAGAGUAACCGCCAGUGCUGCUGUGAGAGUCAACAAGCAGUGAAGGGUGAAGCAGUGGAGGGAUGUGGUACUGGCAGGGGCAUCUGUGGCAUUUCUAAGUGUGGUGACUGUAACAAGGGUGAUCAGCAGCAGCAGAUUCAGCACUGCCCUGCUGAUAGCUGUUGCAGCAGCAGAGCGAAUGCUGGCUUGACUCAAGUCGUGAGACUUGAGCCAGAAGCAGCAAGGACUGCACCAGCAAAGGGAGGCGGAGAAGGAGGAAGUGCUCACAUGCAUAGGAGGAGGGAAGCUGCGAAGCAGGCGGCAGCAAGUGCACGGGAGGAGGUCCAGGGGAAGGAGAGCAGUUAUGGAGUGUCGGGGGCAUGGCAGGAACGAGUGGUUGAAGGCAUUCUCUCAUGUGCCUUGCAGAGCAACCCCAAGGUGCAGUGGAGUGUGUGUGCAGCCCUCUCCCUCUUCCUCCAAAACCCCUCCGUCCACCUACCAUCUUCUCCCUGGACUGGCCCCGUGCUGGCCACACUGCAGGCUCUCUUGCAGCGCUCUUCCAACUUCAAGAUCCGCAUCCACGCUGCUGCCGCCCUCAUCCAGCCAUGCACAAGGGCAGACUACGGCCCGGAAUUUGGUGCUAUCCUGCACGCCCUUGUCUCAUCGCUCUCCUCACUUGAUGCAGCAGACGAGCAAAGUGCAGUCGAGCAGCGGUACAAGCCAGUGCUGAGGGAUCAGAUCGCAGCAACACUCCUCCACAUGACCUCGCUCGCCUCUCCUCAAGACCUGUGCAACGUCCGCCAAUUGUUGCAGCAGCAUGCAGAGUGCAUAUCCCACGCCGUGGAAUCCGCACGCUCCACAGCACUUCGUGCCUUGGCUCAUUCUGUCCCCUUUACAAGCAUUUCCGAUAAGCCACUGGCUUCAACAGCUCUGCAGGCUGUUCCUUUGGUCGACCCGCGUGGCACUCUGUGCACUCACCAGCAGCAUUACUCUUGCGGAUCGGCCAGUGCUGCAGGCAGUGAUAAAUGUGAUGGUGCUGCUGCCAGUGAUGGCUGUGGUAGUGCUGGCCGAGAUUGUGGUGCAUCAUUUGCGCUCUGUAGCUCAGCAUCAAGAGUAGCUGGCAUGUGUGCAUGCUGCCAUGUGAAACUGGCAGCUACUGAGAUAAGGAGAUUGACGUCCCUGUUACAAGACAAGGGUGAUGAUGGAAAGAUAGUAUAG